CUGAGGGUCGGACGGUGUACCUUAACGAUAAAUCCGCGGCCACACCACUCAUUGAAAAGAAAUUGUGUGUGGGAUAAAGAUAAAAAAAUCGUAUAUUGCUGAACGGAGCAAAUGAAAUGUGCAAAUGCACACGGCUAGUGCAUAAAUAAUAGUGCGAGAGUUUCGGUUUAGUGCGUGCGUAGUUCUGGCCAGGUUUGAAUUCAUGUCGUGAACGUCAAGAGUGAAACCUACAACUCCCCAAACCAGCAACAACAACAGCAGCGCAGCACAGAACAGCAGCAGCAGCAGAGAAAAGAUGGCGACGAGAGGCACAGCUCGUGUGCAAUCACAACCAAAAAUUUUUCCUUCACUCUUUUCGAAACUGCACGGUGCCAUCUCGGAGGCAUGCGUCUCGCAGCGUCUGUCCACGGACAAGAAGACGCUGGAGAAGACGUGGAAACUGAUGGACAAGGUGGUCAAGCUGUGCCAGCAGCCCAAAAUGAACCUCAAGAACAGUCCACCCUUCAUACUGGAUAUACUGCCGGACACGUAUCAGCGACUGCGCCUCAUCUACUCCAAGAACGAGGACCAGAUGCACCUCCUGCACGCCAACGAGCACUUCAACGUCUUCAUCAACAAUCUGAUGCGCAAAUGCAAGCAGGCCAUCAAGCUCUUCAAGGAGGGGAAGGAGAAGAUGUUCGACGAGAACUCCCAUUACCGCCGCAACCUGACCAAACUUAGUUUGGUCUUUUCGCACAUGCUGAGCGAGCUCAAGGCGAUAUUCCCCAACGGGGUCUUUGCCGGCGAUCAGUUCCGAAUCACCAAGGCCGAUGCGGCCGACUUCUGGAAGAGUAAUUUUGGUAACAGCACACUGGUGCCUUGGAAGAUCUUUCGACAGGAGCUAAACAAAGUGCAUCCGAUAUCGUCGGGGCUGGAGGCUAUGGCCCUGAAGACCACCAUUGACCUGACGUGCAACGACUUUAUCUCGAAUUUUGAAUUCGAUGUCUUCACGCGUCUGUUUCAGCCGUGGGUUACAUUGCUGCGCAACUGGCAAAUCCUGGCCGUCACCCAUCCGGGCUAUGUGGCGUUUCUCACAUACGACGAGGUGAAGGCGCGUCUCCAGCGCUACAUCCUCAAGGCCGGCAGCUAUGUCUUUCGUUUGUCCUGCACACGACUCGGCCAGUGGGCCAUCGGCUAUGUGACGGCAGAGGGCGAGAUUCUGCAAACGAUUCCACAGAACAAAUCGCUAUGCCAGGCGCUGCUCGAUGGUCAUCGCGAGGGCUUCUACUUGUAUCCAGAUGGCCAAGCCUACAAUCCGGAUCUGUCCUGUGCCGUGCAAAGUCCUACCGAGGAUCACAUAACUGUAACACAAGAACAAUACGAACUAUACUGUGAAAUGGGCAGCACCUUUCAGUUGUGCAAAAUCUGUGCGGAAAACGACAAGGAUAUCCGGAUCGAGCCCUGCGGUCAUCUGCUGUGCACGCCCUGCCUCACCUCCUGGCAGGUUGACUCUGAGGGACAGGGCUGUCCCUUCUGUCGCGCCGAGAUCAAGGGCACCGAACAGAUCGUUGUGGAUGCCUUCGAUCCGCGCAAGCAACACAAUCGCAAUGUCACCAAUGGGCGACAGCAGCAGCAGGACGACGACGAUACAGAGGACAUGGGCGACUUCAACAUAGCCACCUCCUCGCUGCACGCCCUCAGUACCUCGGCAGCCGCUGGGGCCGCCGCGGAGAAGCACAGUCCGCACACCUCGCCGCGUCUUGGACGGCGCAGCACCACGCCCAGCCUGAUGGCCGUGCAGAACGAUCUCUAUUCGGGCGGCAGUCCGGUCCUCAGUCUGCCCAGCUCCAGCUCCUCGUCCACAUCAUCGGCGGCAACGGCAGGAGCAGCAGCAGCAUCAUCAUCAGCAUCAACAUCAGGCACCGCUGCAGGAUCGUCCUCGCAGCCCCAGCCCUCGGCCCCGCCGGCCUCCGCUGUCCUGAGCAAUGGAGGAGGAGCCAGCAUCAGCCAGAAGUCGACGAACCGCAUGAGUGCUCCCCUGAUCGGUUCGUGCGUGGCCAACUCCACGUACGGCCAGAAGUUGCCUGGAAAAUCGGAGAACUCUGCGUCCAGCGGCAGCGGCAGUGACACCGCCUCGACCAGCUCGUAUGCCAUCCUCCAGAACCUGCAGGAUUCGGCCUCUGGGUCGGGCACCGCUUCAGCUGUGGUGGCACCUCCACUCCCGCCGCGUAAGUCCUCUCCGGGCGUCGAGACUCCGGGCAAGGUGACUGCCCCGCCGACCACCAGCAAGAGUAUCGACAACAUUCAGUGCAGCAUGGACAACGUGCCGCCCCAGACGACAGCUCCGCCGAUUCCGCCGCAUGUGACGCCCAGCGUGGACACCCUGGCCGAGGACUUGAUGCGGCAGCAGCGCAUAGCGACGAGCACCACCUCCCCAGUGUUGUCCCUGCUGGACGAGGACAUCGUGGAGGUGGGGCCCGCGGAGACCAUCAGCGGCGUAAUCGAUACCCGCCCCCUAGAGGCCCGUGGCGUGACCCUCACCAGGCAGGACUCGGCCUCCUCGCACUACACACAGCUAUGCACCACCAGCACUGGCGGGUCGGUGGCGCUGGCAGCCGCCGCAACCCUUGCCAACGGCAAAAAGGCCGCUCCCAAGCAGACAGUGACCCAGACAACGACGACAGCGGCGGGGACUGCACCUGCGCCUCCACAGCAGCACCAGCAACAGCAGCAUCAGCAACAACAGCAGAAGCAACAGCAGCAGCAGGCCCAACCGCUGCUCUACGCAAACGUGACGAUCAAUCAAAAAGACUGCGGCUCCGUUCCCUACGAGAACAUCAAUUUGGAGUAUAUAGCGCGCCUGAUGAACGCGGGAUACUCCAAGGAGAAUGCAAUCACUGCUCUGGGGAUAUCGCGCAACAACGUCGAGAUGGCUGGCGACAUACUGCGCGAGUUUGUCUCCAAGAAUAGCGCCUAAAAGUGUCACGAUUGAUGAAUGGAUGGAUGGAUGGAUGGUUGGAUUGAUGAUUAAAAUGAUAAGGAUGAUGAUAAUGCUGCGAGGAAACCAAUACCGAAUAAUGAUAAUGAUAAUGCUGAUCCCAGGCAAAAGGCAAACAAAUCUAAGUAUAAGUCUUAAGAAAUAUUUGACAAAGCAAAUUGCCCAUUAAUCUCUCAAACAGGGUGCAUAUUUGCCGCUUUAGGAGCACACACACACCCCUCACACACGCCUAUAUAUGUAUGUAUGCUGACAUACACAUAUAAAUAUACAUAUACAUAGGUACGCUAAACUCACGUCCUGGCUUGCCCUGUCCCACUGUGGGGAAUGGCCCCGGGCCCCACUUGGCGUAGCCAGCCCACACCACAAGCAAUUCAAGUUUCCCCAGUUCCAAAAGUUCCCAAAAACAAAACGAACAAAAAUUAAAAACUAAUAAAACGAAACAAAAAUGUAAGCACCACAAAAACGCCAUGGAUAUCAAAUAUAGCUAUGUACACGUAUGUUAAGACUAUCUAACUUCUUCCUAUUAAGAGAAAAAACAUAUACAAUACUACAUAUACAUGUAUAACAAAAACAGAAGGUAUAGAAAGUAUAUACGUUGCAGUUCUGAAAGGAGAUCGAAAUAGGAAAAACUUGCCCACCCCCCAAAAACAAAUACAAAACGAAAAAACAAACAAGAUCGAAAUGCGAAAUAUUCUCUUCUCUCUCUAUCUCUCUCCCUCUCUUUCAUAUAGGAUAUAGUAUAAGAAGCAACAAAAUACUAUAUGUACUCGUAUAAAGAAAAAGACAGGUAUCGUGAUUUAGUUCACCUUCAUGCCCAUGAGCCCAUUCUCGUAUAAGUAGAGCCCUCAUAUCAUCUGAAAGAAGGACACUGAACACUAAGCCCUGUUCGGUGAAUCAGUGAGCCAUGUUGUCAAUCCGUAGGCUUGCUUAGGGAGCGUUUAGAACAGAACACCGAACACAGCCAUUAGAAAUCGUAAAAUCAAGAAUUGGAAUCGAAUAUGCCUUCGGCGGCUGCCGCCACCUUUCCCCUAAAUGCCCACUGAACCACUGAACCGAAUGCCCUGAGUUUCCCCCCGUGACACCAACAACAACAAAAUAUUAAUGACGCCAAAGAAUGAACAAAGCAUACAAGUGACGCCACGCUCCACUCCCGGAUCCGAUGCACUAUCAAGUUUACCUCGAUUUUUUAUACAAUGCUCGAACUUUAUUUUUUGUAAUUGUAAUUGUAAUAGUAUUGUAAUUUGUAAGUUCGAAUCGAAUCAAUUAAUUCAAUUCCGUACGCGAAAAAAAGUCAAGUAAAAGCAACAGCCAAGAAAACAAAACAAAAAAAUCAUUCUAUUUGUAUUACGAAAUCCCUUUUUACAGGCUUUAUACUAUAUAUAUAUGUAUGUAUGUAUGUAUAUCGUAAUCGAUCGAUCGGUUUUUAAAAUUCAAAUCAAAUGUUCUAGACCCCCAAACCUCGAGAAAUACUCGUAUAUCUACUAAAACUAAGCCAGAUUAGUAUACAAUAUACAUAUUUUAGCAUAGGACACAACCAAAAAUCGAAUCGAAGCAAUGCAAUACUCACUAAUAGAGAACUCAAAUGCAAAUAAAAACAAAAAACGAAAAACAAAAAACAAAACAAAAAAAAAACGUUAACUCGUAAGUAAUUUGACCCUCAACUCAACUACAAAAA